AUGGAAUCUUUGAUUUUACCAGGCGAUUCUUUUCAUGUGGAAAAACAAGAAAACAUUGUACUAGGUCCUGGGGCGUAUUGCGAUCCAAAGAGCCAAAACUUGCAGCCUGUAAAUGCAGGUCUUGAAGUGUCGCGAGAAUCCAAAAAAAACGUAUUUGUACAUGUGGAUUUCAACUCCAAAAGGUAUAUUCCCGCGGUGGGCGAUCUGGUGGUAGGAUUAAUUACGGGCUCUUAUUCCGACAGCUACAAAGUCUCUUUGGAAUCCUUUUCAACGCCCGUCACAUUAGCAUACAUGGCUUUCCCCAAUGCCUCAAAAAAGAACCGUCCCACGCUAAAGGUCGGGGACCUUGUAUAUGCCCGUGUCAGCAAGGCAGACAAAGAACUGGAGGCAGAAAUCGAAUGUGUGGAUUCGACGACUGGAAAAGACGCAGGUUUUGGGCUUUUGGAGGGUGGAAUAUUGGCCGAAGUCUCGCUAGCCUACGCCAGAGAACUUGCCUUCAACUCUGAGUAUACGCUUCUGCCUUUGUUGGCGAAAACUGCACAAUUCGAGGUGGCCAUAGGUAUAAACGGGAAAAUAUGGAUUAAAUGCGAUGAUGUCAGGCACGCACUCGCCUGCAAACUAUCUAUCGAAGAGUGUCAACAUCAUGCAUCCACAGAACAUAAGACCAUAAUAGCAGGGAUCUUCAAGAGAUUACAGAAUUCUAAGGAUUAG